AUGAGUACGAUCAAAUCGAGUUUCUUGGCUGCUACAAUUUUGAUGUUACUAUUGUUAGUUGUUACCGUCGAUGCUCAAUCUAGUGCCGAUGUUGUUUUUCCUUUUAAAAGAUAUGGUAACAUAGUGUCUGGUACUGACAUCAGGAAGACUUUAGCAAAUGCAUGGAAGGAUGCAUGCACGUCCAAUCGUUCUAGUGCAAUUUUUACUCCGAGAGGGAUAUUUAAAGUAAAGCAAGGGAAGUUUGAAGGACCUUGUAAUAGCCCAAUUGACUUUCAACUUGGAGGAACAUUGCAGGCACCAAAAAGUGUCCAGGGAUAUAAUUGGAUCACUUUUGCCCGUGUUGAUAGAUUGACAUUAUUAGGUGAAGGAGUUUUUCAUGGCCAAGGAAAAGCAGCUUGGAAAAGGAAUGAUUGCCACAAACGCAUAAAUAGUGCCCAACUCCCCGUUACUUUAGAAAAUGCAUGGAAGGAUGCAUGCACGUCCAAUCGUUCUAGUGCAAUUUUUAUUCCGAGAGGGAUAUUUACAGUAAAGCAAGGGAAUUUUGAAGGACCUUAUAAUAGCCCAAUUGACUUUCAACUUGGAGGAACAUUGCAGGCACCAAAAAGUGUCCAGGGAGAUAAUUGGAUCACUUUUGCCCGUGUUGAUAGAUUGACAUUAUUAGGUGAAGAAGUUUUUCAUGGCCAAGGAAAAGCAGCUUGGAAAAGGAAUGAUUGCCACAAACGCAGAAAUAGUGCCCAACUCCUCGUUAGUUUGAGGUUCAACUUCAUCACCAAUUCAACCGUUAAGGGAAUAACAUCACUUGAUAGCAAGAAUUUCCAUAUCAACGUCCUCGGCUGCAACAACCUCACGUUCCAUAAUAUCAAUAUAGCUGCACCAGAAAAGAGUCCCAACACUGAUGGAAUACACAUCGGUCGAUCAAAUAAUAUCACAAUCACAAAGUCCAAAAUUGCAACUGGAGAUGAUUGCAUAUCUCUUGGAGAUGAUUGCAUUUCUCUUGGAGAUGAAAGCAAACUAAUUGAAGUCACCAACGUGACAUGCGGGCCAGGACAUGGAAUAAGCAUCAGAAGUCUUGGAAGAUACACUAACGAAGAACCUGUUGAAGGUGUCAUCGUAAAGAACUGCACGUUAGUUAACACCACUAAUGGUGUCAGGAUCAAAACAUGGCCAGCUUCUGCUGCUAGCAGCACCGCCACCAAUAUGCACUUUUUGGACAUUAUAAUGGUCAAUGUUAGCAACCCUAUUCUAAUAGACCAAGAGUAUUGUCCGUGCAAUCGGCAGAUUCCUUCAAAAAUUAAGAUUAGCACAGUGAGCUUCAAGAACAUUAGAGGAAGUUCUGCAACUCCGCUGGCAAUCAAACUUAUUUGCAGCCAUCACUUACUAUAUGACGAUGUAAAAGUAAGCAACCUUGACCUCACUUACAAUGGAAUAAAAGGUUCUAUUUGCUCCCAAUGCUCGAAUGUGAAACCCAUCAUUUCAGGAAAACAGAACCCCAAGAUAUGCUCCUCUCCUUAUGUUGUUCGAUGA